AUGAAGCCAACAACUGUUCAUCUGCUUGGAAUUUCCCGUGUCCCUCACCAACGCGUCAUCGCGGCAACAGCACAGUUGCCAACUCGACCAAUGAAAGUAAACAAGAUGCAGUCAGCAGUGUUGUUGUGUGUGGUGGCGGUGGUAGGAGGUGUUUCAGCCAUGUCUGUGACCCCAUUCGGCCAUGUGUCUAAGGGCCUCUGUCCGAACAUAACUAACAAGGAAGACUUUGACCCCGUCCCUUACCUCGGCAGAUGGUAUGAGAUGGAAAGAUUCUUUAUGAUAUGGGAAAAUCACAUGGACUGCGUCAACGCCAUCUACAAUGACCUUGGUGAAGGUGAGGUUGAGGUCCACAAUACAGCCAGGACACAGGGCGGCGCCUUUACGGAUAUCAUUGGUAGUGCUGAGGUGACUGAACCGGGUGUACUACUGGUUCACUUCCCAGGUCACGUCGCGGCGAAAUACCAUGUACUGGAUACUGACUACGAAACCUUCACUGCUGUGUACAACUGUGUCCAGGAAGCCAAUCUGAAGUUCGAGUACGCUUGGAUCCUCUCUCGGUCGAUGACGAUGGAUGAGGCCACGUUGGAAACAGCUCGCCAGGUCUUCAUUUCCAACAAUAUCGACAUUAAUUUCUUCAGUACCACUUACCAAGGUGAUGACUGCCCUUACUUACCCUAAGAACGCCACCAGUCAUUCAACCACUCAGUCAACCAGUCAAACAGUCUGUUACCAUCCAGUUGUCUUAGGAGAUUGAGAGAGUAAUUGACCUCCCUGUGUAUGAGUAAAUUUGAUAUCCCUAUUUAACUCUAUUAUGCCUUUGAAAUUAAUCAUAUAUAGUGAUAAUUAAUCUCUAUGUCAUGUACUUACCUUAUGUACUUAUUCAAUUCGUUAAAUGAUAAUAAAGUGUUACCAAAA